AUGAUAAAGAGGAUGUGUCCACUGCCUCAUUACAUUUCAGAGUCUUUGAUUAACGUGUAAUGAUUGCUGCAGCCUCACAAACCUCCAUGCACUUUAUACGCAUGCACACACAGUCACAAAGAUAAGUUUUUAUAGGAAAAAUGCAUUUAUUCAUUCCCCAGAACUGUAACCUUAAUCAAAACUGCUACAAGCCUAAUACAACCCAAACUCAAACCUUAGCCAAAAACAAAGAAGUAGUUUAUCUCAUGGGGAUGUACUUUUUAAGGUGAGGGCCCACAUAACUGUGUGUGCAAGUUAAUGUCCCUGUAUGCAAGUACUACAGCUAACGCUGCAACUGGUGAUCAUUGCUUUUGUUGAUUAUUUUGAUUAAUCAAUUAUAGUGUUGGUUAUAUUUUAAAAACAAUGUCUUGUUCUGUUCAGACUGAGGAUCCAAAAACCAAAGACACUCUAUUUAUAAUGGUAGGCUAUAAGAGAGAGAGGAAAGCUCCUUACACUGGAGAGGCUGGAACCAGAGAAUGUUUGUGUGAGGCUGUGCUUGGAAAAAUAAGCUAACACAGCAAUCAAACAAUUAUCAGCAUAGUUGGCGAUAAAGUUGAGAUAAUAAAUGCGUUUCGAAAGAUUUAUUUGUAAUAUUUAUGAUUGAUCAUCAUUUUUCAGGCAAAAAUACGAACACUCAUCGGUUAUAUUUACAGCAAAUUUAACAACUUUGACUUUAUGGACUGUUAGAGGAAAUGGAAUAUGAGGAUGGACUUCAGGAAUCUGAAACUAUUUUCUGACAUUUUAAAGAUGCUGAUCCUCACACAAAAAGAAAUCUCUUGCACUUACUCUUUCCAAACAGACUGACUUCUGGGUUCCAUCUACUCUUGAGUAGCGUACUAUUGAUUGAUUGUCUGGCUUGUUGAAUGAUGAUGAUGAUGAUGAUGAUAAUAACAAUAAUGAUCAUUCCUCUCUGCUACUAAAUGCCUGUGGGCUGCGCUGGCAGAAAUGUGACAUUAAUUUGUCCUUGUGGCAAAUGUUUGUGGUUUGGUUUGUGCAUGAAAAAGCUUUGGCACUGGCGUUAAAACUCUGUGUAGACCUCCCUCUUUCUCUCUCUCUUCUCUCUCUCUCUCUCUCUCUCUCUCUCUCUCUGUCCAUAUACUCCGCUAUACUCCGCUCACUACAUCCAGUCGCGGUUAACGGGCGUGCGGUUGCCAGGAGAGACGCGCGUACAGUACCGUGUACAGCUUUAACGGCAGAGCGGCACGGGCUCUCCCCCGCCAUUUCCUCGUGUCGAGACCUGGAAUGUCGAGUAGCGGUUCGGGCUCUUCCUCGCGGAAGGAGUUCGAUGUGAAGCAGAUCCUCAGGAUCCGAUGGAGGUGGUUCGGUCACCCCGCGGUCCCUCCCCCUCACUCCCCGCCGCUCGGAGACUACUUCGCUGGGAGGAGAGCGGGUGGCAGCUCCGGAGACGGACCUUCAGUUAGCGGCUGUAGCAACUCGAAUUCAGCCAGCGCAAACCCCAGCGCUGGGGGUCACAGCGGGCUGGUGGUCAGCGGCAGCGCCGGGUCUAACCUGUGUAACAGCACCAACAGAAAGUUUGCUGAUCCGCCGGGGAGUCGGGGCGGACCGGGAGGAGCGGCAGUUGGAGCGACGGGGAGCUCCUGCCCCCGCUCCUUCAGCCAGCCAGAGUGUAGGAGCCCCGCCGCGGCGCUGUCGUGGGUAUCCCCGCCGCCUCAUCGUCGUUCCCGUCCGGCGACGAGCAUGGAGCCCCCCAGCGAGGCCCCGGUACCCCAGCUGGUACCCGAGCCACCCGCGCAUGUCGGGGCUGAGGAGGAGGCGGCGGCACCGGCAGCGUCGGGAACCGAGGACAACAACCACCCGGAAACAGACUCCAGCUCCUGCAGGACGUCUAACAGCAGCGCCACACUGUCCUCAUGCGUGUCCUUGGAGCCGUGUGCGUGUCCAGAGGAGUGUAUGUUCACCGCUCUGUCUCACGCUGACGUCACCUUCCGGAAGAUGGAGGGCUACCUGAGGUCCCGACAGCUGUGUGACGUCAUACUGGUGGCUGGAGACAGGCGGAUACCUGCGCACAGACUGGUCCUCUCAUCCGUGUCGGACUACUUUGCAGCCAUGUUCACCAGUGAUGUGAGGGAGGCCAAGCAGGACGAGGUGAAAAUGGAAGGAGUGGACCCUGAUGCAUUGUGGGUCCUGGUGCAGUAUGCAUACACAGGCCGUCUCGAGUUGAGGGAGGACACCAUUGAGUCUCUGCUGUCAGCCUCAUGCCUGCUGCAGUUGUCGUCAGUGGUUCAGGCCUGCUGUUCAUUCCUCAUGAAGCAGCUCCACCCCUCCAACUGUCUGGGUAUCCGCUCCUACGCCGACGCUCAGGGCUGCAAUGACCUGCAGAGGGCCGCUCACGCCUACACCAUGGAGCACUUUUUAGAGGUGGUGGGAGGCCAAGAGUUCCUGUUGCUCCCAGUGGAGGAGAUGGAGAGGCUGCUCACGUCCGAUGAUGUCAACGUGCCAGACGAGGAAACUGUGGUAACCUCUUUGCUAACCUGGGUCCGUCACGACGCUGCCACACGACAGCGUCAGCUACCCUUGUUGCUGGCUCACAUCCGACUGCCGCUGCUGCAGCCACAGUUCUUAGCAGACCUGGAGUCCAAUCCUCUGCUGCGGGACAGUAUGGAAUGCCAGCGACUGCUAAUGGAGGGAAUGAAGUAUCACCUCUUGCCGCAGCGCCGCCCCCUUCUUCAGAGUCCCCGCACCCGGCCCCGCAAGGCCACUGUUGGGGCCAUGUUUGCUGUAGGGGGGAUGGAUGCUACAAAAGGUGCUACCAGUAUUGAACAGUACUGUCUCCGCCGGGACACAUGGAGGCAGGUAGCCACUAUGAGUGGCCGGAGACUACAGUUUGGUGUAGCUGUCCUUGACAGCCGUCUCUAUGUGGUGGGCGGCCGUGAUGGACUCAAGACCCUCAACACUGUGGAGUGUUACAACCCGCACAGCAAGACCUGGAGCGUCAUGCCUCCCAUGUCCACACACAGGCAUGGCUUAGGUGUAGCUGUCCUAGAGGGGCCCAUGUAUGCAGUAGGAGGACAUGAUGGCUGGAGCUACCUCAGCACAGUGGAAAGGUGGGACCCCCAAGCUCGCCAGUGGAGCUUUGUUGCAAGUAUGGCAACACCCAGAAGCACAGUGGGAGUAGCUGUACUAAAUGGCAAGUUAUAUGCAGUAGGAGGUCGUGACGGCUCAUCCUGCCUGCGUUCAGUGGAGUGUUUCGACCCCCACACCAACAGAUGGAGUGGUUGUGCUCCUAUGGCUAAAAGGCGUGGAGGUGUGGGUGUGGCCACAUGGCAUGGCUUCCUGUACGCCAUUGGAGGUCAUGAUGCUCCAGCCUCAUCCCUUGCAUCGCGGCUAAGUGACUGUGUGGAGAGGUAUGACCCUCAGACAGAUGUGUGGACGGCAGUUGCCCCCAUGAGCAUCAGCAGAGAUGCUGUUGGGGUUUGUCUCCUUGGCGACCGUCUCUAUGCUGUGGGCGGUUAUGAUGGUCAGGUGUAUCUCAACACUGUAGAAGCCUAUGACCCACAGACGAAUGAGUGGACACAGGUAGCACCUCUGUGCCUGGGCAGGGCUGGAGCAUGUGUGGUGGCCGUCAGACUGUGAAAACACAAACACUAACAUUCAACGCCGGACUGUGCAUGACCUGGCUCAGACAGAGACCGUCUUCUUUGUCAUCACUGACUUGGUCACUGAAGUUACAACAACAAACCCAUCUGCCUGCCAGCAUGUACCUGACACCGGGAAGUGAGAGACUGAUUACUGAACACACUUCAGGUUUUUACACUUCGGCAAAGUCAGAUUUAACUCCCCAUAACGACUGCCUAUCCUUCAUUUUAAUGUUCAUGGUUAGGCUGUGGUUGUGUCAGGUUUCUGAUAAAGUUUUUAUAUUUGAAGAUCCUGAUAACUUUUGACGCAGAAAUGAACUGCCACCGACACCAAUGGUGAAGGAGAAUCUGCAGUGUUUAUCUGAGCAUGACAGAACAACUGUCUUGCAGCUUUUUUUCCUGCCUAUUAUUUUGUUCCUGUAGACAAGGUGGGACACACACACACACACACACACACACACACAGAAACCUACAUGGUUGCUUUCAGCUUCUAUUUCUGCUGACAAAAGGUGAGAGAGACAGAGGCAGAUUGUCAAGACCAUUGAGGUGCCUCAUCAUUUUUCUCCUAACAGCAUCUGAUAGCGUGUAUUGAUGCUAUUUUAAUAUAUUCCCUAUUAUUUUAUGCUGCAGUUGGCGAGUUGCUCUCCUCGUCUUUCUUUCCCUUUCUCGCCCGCUGACAGAUGAAAGAAAGACUUUUGACAUAAUCAGCACAACCUUACGAACAGCCAUACUGUAAGAAACUGUGACACUCUUUAUUCUUUUCAGUCAAAAACAUAUCAUCCUGCUUUUAUCUAAUAUUUCUCUGUGUAUGUCUUCCAUGUUGCAUCAGCUCACAUCUGAAGCACACAGAUACUGUGAUGUGCAAUUUAUUGUAGCUUUUUUGUACAAGCUCCAAUGGCAAAUUAUCCAACUUUUUCUUUUUCUUUUAUUUUGUUACAGUUUUAUUAAGUUACAUCAUUGAUGCGAGUCAGUGAUGUCACAAGUGUUGUUGUUUCUCCAUUGGCUGUUAGUCUCUUGACAUGAAUAUUCCCUGACUGAGCCGUGGGUGCUGUCAGUCCUGUAUUACUUUAUUCCUCAUUUUAUGUACUCAGGUGUAGCACGAAAGCAUGGUGGAAUUAGCAAGCUAGCAAGCUAGCUAGCUAACUAGCUCGCCACUACAUGAGUGAAAUUUAACAGCUUAAUGCUUCAUCCACACACUCUUGUCACAAUAACAGAAAGCACGUUGCUUUUAUCAGAUGAGUGGCAACUUUGUCCAGCUCAUUUUCUGUAACCACUGUUACGUUAGCAUAAAAGUAUGGUGGAAUUGGCACGCAAGGUAGCUAACUAGCCAGCUGUGUUUGAAAUGGCAAAUUCUGACGGAGGAAAGAGAGGAUCACCUCAUCAGUUUGUUUGAGGAACAAGCCUUAAAAUUUAUUAGUAACGUUAAUGACUAUUACAGGUUACAGUGUCGGAACAGGUGCCAUCACUGUGAGAAAUUUGAAAUUAGAUGUCAGAGUGGGUGCAUCUACCUUAGUAACAAUCUGAAACUAGAGGUUGACCAGUUAAUUGGUUUGGCCAAUUAAUUGGCAUCUAAAGGACGUUAUUGGCAGAACUUGGCUCUGAUAGUGACCGAUUGUUGCAAAGCCUCAGCUAGUGAGGAUGUACGUCACUGACCAAAGUGGAGGACAACGUAUCCUCAUACAAUGGUUCGUAUAUCCUACAACAUUGCACACACAACAGUAAGAGUAAUAUCCUAUGAAUAAGCGCCCCAUGGAUGACAUUGCAUUCUUGAUGUAAAGUUAUGUAAUUAACGUAAAGUCACAGAGGUUAGGUUUAGGUAAGUCAAGUGAAGGAGGUUAGGUUAUGAAAAGAAACAAGGUAAGGACAUGCCUUAAAAUGACUCAAAGUUCACACGGGUUUGAAUACCGGUCUUUUGGGGAAGUCAUGAGGGAAAGUCCUUUGUUUUGUAACCUAUCCACAGCCCCAAUCAGCCUUCUAAGUGGGCCACUCUAGACAGCUUCCUUUUUCACUAACGUCAGUGCAUUUGUCAUGUGAUGGCAGCCUUCCAAAAUAUGUGGUCUAUGCACAAAUUACUGGCUCAUGAUUACAUGGGAUGUGUAUGAAUUUCGGUGCAUUACUUUUCAUAUGAAAAUGUACGCACAGUGCAUGAGAACAGCCUGUCCUAGGGUAGCAAAGGAAUGACCCGCCCUCCUCUUCCUCAUAUUGACUACGACUUGUUGCUUUCAUUGAUUGGGUUGGUUAGGUUUAGGCAAGAGGAGUGGGAUUGGUUAGGGUAAGUGUAAGAAUGUCAGGGUAAGCCAAUCAGAAGCAGAGUUAGACAGAGUAGAGAGGUCUAUCCUCUGUAUCCUGGGGAACGCAAAUUCACAAAGAGAGGAGGUUUGUGUUAGAUAAUUAGCAGAUGCAGCUCUAGAGAAAGCAGCUCUCUUCUGCUGUGUGACUCUGUCAAAGUUUAUUGUUCCUCAUUUUAACAUUUAUUUACAUGAAAUUUUGGGCUGGACCACAGUGGGGCAAAGUCCAUGGCUGAGUACAUGUCACCACUUCCUGUUUUAAGUUAAAAGCCCUCCAGACUGUCAUUCACGGUCCAGCCAUUGACUAGGUUUUGACCUAUUCUUGUUAACUUUGUCAGUCUGCCAUUGUUCACAUAAUUGUGGUCCAUAAAGCACUGUUAUUGGGUUUAUAACCUGAGUAAUAAUACUAAGAGUAGCAGUGGUCCUUUGUUGAUCCCUGUAGGGAAAUUUUGCUUUCAAUUUCCAACAGAGCACAGGGUCAGCUAUUUAAAGGCUUGGUUUUACACAGGGUCAGUGAUCUGUCCUACCUCCCUCUUUUCUGCUGUUUCCUCUGUGUGUGUGUGUGUGUGUGUGUGUGUGUGAGAGAGAGAGAGAUUGCAAGGUCUAUAUUUUUAUCUCAAAUGAGAAUCUUCCCCCUUCCCCUCUCCACAUGUUCAAUUCCCUGCUGCUUUCUCUUCAGCCCCAUUUUCCCAUUUCAUCACCGCACACUCACACAGACACACACACACACACACACACACACACACAUUCACACAAAUGCAUGCAUCACUAUGUUUCAGAGCAGAAUUGGAGACCCAGACAAAAUGAACAACAGACCAUAUAAUGAGACCAUGAAUUUAAUAACGUUGAUUCAGCCGGUGCCGACGUUUUGUUUGAUGUCGAGUUCAAAGCGUUAUUAGAUUUGAUGUCGCUGCAGACAAAGUAUCAGACAUUAGAAAAUGAAUCCUGGGAAACGACCUCAUGUCUUCAUCUUUGUGGGCUUGUUUGAGUUUUAAAUUUACAUGUCAAGAAACCUCAAGAAUACAAAGAUGCUGACUGCAGGUUCAAUACUGACACACGCCACCAUCAUUUUAUGCUGUAUACUUAAUAGUGUAUUUCCCCUGUGUAGCUCGAUCUGCUUUUGUGUGUGUGUGUGUGUGUGUGUGUGUGUGUGUGUGUGUGUGUGUGUGUGUUUGCAUGUGUGUGUUUAGUGUACAGACCUCCUGACAGUGAGAGGCAAAGCAGGCAUCCUGUCUGAACUGACAGAUCUAGAGCUAAUGUAGCCCCCAGGAUGCACUUCACAAACACACACAGACAUAUCACAUACACACUCACUCACUCACACACACACUUGUACAAAGACACACUUAACCACACAGCUGAAAGCCAAGUGCCCCAGGAGCUGGUGAAGAUUGAAAAGCCUCCCAGAUUUGCCGGCAUGACAUCUAAAAAGCAGAGACGGAGCAGGCUAGCGAUUCCCCACAGCCGAGCUGAUGUUUAUUCAAGUCUAAUGCACUGCUGCAUUAUUCUAUUUUCUUCUCUUUCAAACCUGCCCGCUGUUUAUUUAGAGAGUAAUUCUCUUUAGAUCAGAGCAGAAGAAGUGUGUCACCUCCACCGUGUAGAGGUAGUCAGAGUUUGAUUUUAGUCAGAGGUUAAAACUAAAGACAGACAUUCCAAAUCAAACUAUGUAUUUCAUGUAUAUUAUGUACAUAAAUAAAUCUCAGAUCUGUAUGUAGUCUUAUUGCAUUAUGCUGUAUAUUACACACUAAAUCUGCAAUGUGUUAUUGUGCGUUUCUUUUUGUACCAUGAAUUGAGAUGAAGAAGAGGCAAUAAAAUGACACUCCAUGAGAAAUGGUACAGCUGCUCAUCUCCUCUUUUUGUACCAGAAUAUUGCCCCUCCUCUUUUACAAUAUAAAUGAUGUAUGUACAAUAUAUGCUGCUGUAAUAUGCUGUUA